AUUCCAUUCAUGCUAGUUCUGUUUCAUCCAACAAAAACCAUCUUGCAUGAACUAACUCAUCACUAACAAUAUUGUUGUCUGUCACGCCCUUCCUCUUAUUCUUCUGUCACUCAAACCUCUCUGUUCCAUUUACGGGCUCCAUUUACCAUAUAAAACCCUACGAAUUAACAGAAAAUAAAUCCGUUCCCGGAUAUCCCUCUCCCUCUUCUCCGCCCCAAUAUAUAGUUAUAUACACGUUUCCGUUGCCCUAGCGACCAAACCAAGACCGAACCGGAUCCGGAGCCGGAGGAAGACAGAGUGAGCAAAGAAAGCGCCGGUUGUCAUGACUCCCACAUCCAUGAAAUCCAGCACUCCCACACACCCGAAAUACAGCCCUCGUCCAAAUCGACAAGCCACCUUCAAAUACAUAAUACUGCUCUCUUUCCUUUUCUUCCUCCCUGUCCUCUAUCUUUUCCUCCACGUCAAGCACAACCUCCACCCCACCGCCAUCAUCGACCACUCUCUGCCGCACAGCGUCCAAGUCCCGGAUCUCCGCAUCCGCUCGGGCUACACCUCAUACAAGACCUACCUCCAGCGGCAGCUCAACAAAACCCUAAACCCUAAGCUCCGCAAGGUCUGGACCACCCGCGACUGGGACCGCAAAAUCCAGGUCUUCUCCGAGUUCUUCUCUCGUUUAAAGCAGGAAGACCUACUGUUCAACAACUCCCGGGCACUUUCUAUCGGCGCCCGAGUGGGGCAGGAGGUCGCGGCCUUAAGGCGAGUCGGAGUAGCAGACUCGAUAGGAAUGGACCUCGUGCCCUGCCCUCCUCUGGUCGUGGAGGGUGACUUCCACAACCAGCCUUUUCAGAAUGAUACAUUCGACUUUGAAUUCUCAAACGUGUUCGACCACGCUCUGUACCCUCGGAAGUUCGUGGCAGAGAUCGAACGGACUUUGAGGCCCGGCGGCGUGUGCGUGUUGCAUGUGGCGAUAUCGAAGCGGGGUGAUAAGUACUCGGCCAACGACUUGUUCAGUGUGAGGCCGUUGGUGGAGAUGUUCCGGCGCUCUGACUUGGUUCGUGUCAGGAGCGUUGACGGAUUCGGGUUGGACACCGAGGUCGUCUUCCGGAAAAAGGAAGACAAAGCCAUCCAACAAUUGUGAUUGGGUGAUAUUUUUUUGUUUAUUCAAAAUUCAAAUUAGAAUUUACGAGUGAUGUACA